AUGACGGAGCCCGCAUACAGCCACACCAGCCGCGCUGUUUUGCGCUUCCGCGCAGCACAGGCCACCGAAGAUGCUGCAGAUUCAGCGGUUGAUCCGGCGCAACAGCUGGCGGUAGCGCAUUAUGAUUCGUCGCCCUCAGCCGAUGCGACGCAGGCGGCGCUGGAGGCGUUCACGAACAGUCGCGAGGAGGAUGCGGUGAGCUUCGUCGCAGGCUUCUUGCAUCUCACCCCAAGUGACAGAGUGACCGCGCUUGCGAAGCUCGAGGCCCAUGGGGAGGUCCCACCUGCUGGUGGCGCGGCGGCAGGAAAUAAGCUGUUGGAGACACGCAUGCCGGCUGCCACAUGUCCAGAGCUACGCCGACGUCUGCAACAACACGAACUGCAGGCGCAGCAGCUUGCUCUGGCCGAUCGCCUCUCCGGAAAAGCCGAGAAAGUGACUCAUGACUGGCACUCCGUGAAGACUCGCACACAUUCAUUCGAAAGCGGGCAGGGCUCACUGGACGACGGUACAUCAGCGGCACCUGCGGACGUACCGUCGUCUCCCACCAGGAAUCGCGACGCGGAAGGGCUGGAAACGAUCGAGUUAGAGGAGAGCACGCGCACCGGCGUCCUCGUCGCAUUCAUAGACAAGGGCGUGGCGGAAGUCUCCACCCGCUUCGACAACUUCUUUGACGCGGCCGCUAGCCCACUUGCUUCUCUGGACAGCGCCCAAGGUGAGACGCGCGACGGUGUACCGACCCCAUCGGCGCCACACAUCCUUCCGACGCUAGACGAAAUACUGGGCUUGAAUACCGAGGAGGCGGAGGACCCCACUACACCUCCAUCCAUGAAGUCUUGUUUUUCGCAGACGGCGGACGCUGGCGACACCGGUGCCUUACUGAAUGCGUUCGAGCACCGGCCUCAGCGUCGAUGUGAGAGCGAUGUCUCCAGCCCGACCUCCUCCGUGGAAAGCGUUGCACUGCCUGGGCUGGAAGAUGCUCGUGUGAACUUGGACGGCCCUCGCGAAGCCUCUCGAGACACAGAGAACGUCGAAUUUGUUUCCAAGCUCCACGACGUUAUUGCGGAGAGAGAUAACUGCGUGCAGCCCUUCACUUUGGAUCCCCUCUUCGACUACGACGCCGACAUCCUCGGCGAGGCAUUCCGCACCGGCGCCGCGUGGCGGAGCGACUGA